AUGCAGUUUGUACGCUCCUUCUUCAAACGAAUUACAGAUGAUCUCAAACAGAAGAAACUCAUACCACUGAAAAUUUUAUUUUUUGUACAUGCCUCCACUCUGUUCGUGCUGUACCCAUACCUGACGAUUCACAUGCGUGAGCUGGGCAUCAACGUGGAAGAGACAGCGAUCAUGUCUGCUGUUACUCCGGUUGUAUCAAUCGUCAUGCCGCCCCUCGCAGGCAUGCUUGCAGAUAAGAUCGGUAACUUUAGGCUGUUGCUGGCGCUGUCUUCAGCGCUAGGAGGUGCAUCAGCUCUGUUACUUCUGGCUGUACCUGUUGGUCGAAUCACCAUGACUUUCCCACCGAACGUGGAGCUGCUUACAACGUGCCAUGACUCAGGCAUGCGGUUGAAACUCAUGCAAGACUACCCUUGUGUGCCUCUUCAUCCUUAUUCUUACGAUAUCAACUUGACAAUUGCAUCGUGUGGCUUUCUUUGCAAUCUUCCCGAAGGUUUAUCUACCGAAGAUACCGAUGCUUUUCUACAAACAAACUCCUAUGACAUACAUCUACAAUCAAGAGUUGACAAUCAACGACUGGUUUAUCGGCAUACGGUUAUGUCAACGUUUGCUCAAAAAGUAGCGCCGAAGAUAGACCAAAGUACAUCACGACUAAUGACCAACGACGCUUACUUUAAUGCAAGAAUCUCCAAAGUAUCUGAUCGUAAACUAUUCUUCCCAGCACCGCGUUUGUAUCAACUAGAAUGCACUCAUGAUGCUAGUAAUGGCUCCUGUAUAUUUGGGAAAAAUGAUAUUUUCAAUGAAACAGACGAUAACAUUGAAGAACAGAUAUUACGCAUGAGAAUAUCUCACGACGCACAAAUUGCGCCUCACGACAUUAAAAGUUAUUGGGUGAAAUCGGUUUCUACCGACAAUGUUACGAAAUUUGAUGAAGACUAUGAUGGCGUUGACGGUGUUACAUGCACCGACAAUCUUGGAAAAGAAGGAGUAAAAGUACAGACAGGCUCCAGAAAAUUGUCAAGAUGUAUGGCGGCAUGCGCCGCAACUACUCCUCGUAAAGGUCUCUGCCAAAACCAUCAGCAGCAAAUCGAACUUGACCCUGCGUUUACCUUCUGGGCAUAUCUUGCUGUUCGCGUGUUUAUCGGCAUUAUCGGUGGUACAGCGUUUGCGAUGUUCGAAGGCGCUGUAAUAGCUAUCGUGAGGGAACAAAAGGCUGACUACGGUUUGCAGAGAGUAUACGGAAGCAUUGGAGGAAUGAUCUCAUCACCACUCUCCGGACUGUUAAUAGAUUAUGCUAGCCGAGGAAAAGGAUACACAGAUUUCAGGCCAGCAUUUUAUUUGUACGCUGUGUUGAAAGUGGCAUCAGGAGCCUUAAUGUUAGGCAUUGAUCUAGAGUUCAAGCAGCCGGCGCAAAAUCUUCUGGAGGAUGUGAUAAGUGUGUUUAGAAACAUCGAAAUUGUUGCAUUAUUUAUUGCCUGCUUCAUAAUGGGUACGGCUUGGGGCUAUAUCGAAAGCUUCUUGUUCUGGUUACUUCAAGAUCUGGGUGCUUCUCGAUCUCUUAUGGGUAUCACUAUCACAGUGGGUGGGAUCGCUGGCCUGCCUCUGUUGGUGCUUUCGGGCCCCAUCAUCAGGAGAUUAGGACACGCCAAUGUUCUGUUCAUUGGAUUUGUAUUUUAUGCCAUAAGGUUACUUGGUUACUCCUUAAUCUACAACCCGUGGCUAUGUUUAGUAUUUGAGGCACUGGAGUCCGUGACGUCAUCACUGUCAUUCACAGCUGCUGUGACGUAUGCAGCAAAACUGUCUUCUACUACCACAGAUACUUCCGUGCAAGGGCUUCUUGGCGGACUGUAUUAUGGAGUUGGCAAAGGUUCUGGCAGUCUCAUAGGCGGCUACCUAAUGAAAUUCUUCGGUACCAGACCAACCUAUCAAAUAUUUGCCGGAGCUACAUUCAUUACUGGAUGCAUUUAUUAUUUAUUUAAUGUAUUGUGUAUUCGUAAGAGCAGCUCGCUUAAUGAUGACAACAGUUUUUGUAAGAAGAAGUCAUUGCCCGCAGAUAUCGAAUGUAAUGAAGUUAAUAAAAACGGAGAUAAGGCUACUCCAGCGAUAGAUGUCGCUAAAAUAACCGACGUAAAGCAGGAGAACUUACACUCGUCGGUAGAUAAAACUAAGGAGGUGGACUUAAAUCGGACGAAAUUAGUGUCUGACAAUGCAGAUGGCGGUAGUGAUUCCGGAAUCGACAAUCCGACUUAUACUGACACCGAGACAGUGGACUCAAAAAAACGUGAAAGCAAAGAUAAUGUGUAG